GAAUAUUUGACCAAAAGAAAUAAAAUUCCCAUUUCCAUCCAAAAUCCGCUGUCAUUUUUGUCUCGCGAGUGCCUAGCCGACUUCCUGUUCUCGAUCGACAAUGACAACACGCCCAUCUCACCCUUUCGACCCUCUUGGACCCCAAGAGAUAGCUCAUGCAGCCAGCAUAGUUCGCAAAGCCCAUGUCGAUUCACAGCUCGCUUUCCGGGCUAUCACUUUACAGGAGCCUGCCAAAGAUGAGAUGAUUACUUUCUUGGAAGCCGAGGCUUCGAGCAAAACCUCGUCAAACAAGCGCCCUGACCGGCUCGCAAGGGUGCAGGUCUUUGUUCAGAACAUGUUGCAUGAUAUAAUCGUUAAUCUCGACGCGGAGGAGAUUGUCAAGAACGAGAAACUUGUUGGUCGACAUUCGUUCAGCGAUACAGUGUUCAUGCAGAAUGUUGCCGAAGCAACCCUGGCAGAUCCCAGAGUCCAAGAUGAGAUCAAGCAACUCGACCUUCCUGGAGGUGCGACUGUCAUUGUAGAGCCAUGGAGUUAUGCCACGGAUGGAGAAAAUGAUAUGACCGAAAGAGUGGCGAUGGCCUGGUUUUAUAUGCGCCUUUCCGAUCACGAUGAUGCCAAUUACUAUGCGUAUCCAUUAGACCUUUGCGCCGAGGUGUCUGGCAAUCUCGAGGUCACCAAAAUCUACCGCCUGCCCUCUGGCGCCGACGACAAGAUCACCACCGAGCACAAGAAGCCAUUUGACCACCGCAAAAUCCACACUAAUAGCGAAUACCACCCAGACCUCCUGGGAGAAGUUUUCCAUGCGCAUCAGCUUCAACUACCGCGAGGCAAUCGGAGCCUCUUCUACCGGCUAUCCCUCUCCGAGAUGUUUGUCCCGUACGCCGAUCCUCGUCGCCCCUAUCCCCGCAAGGGCGCAUUUGACCUCGGCAGCGACGGCGCAGGCAUCAACGCCAACAACCUGAAGCUGGGGUGCGACUGCCUGGGCCACAUCAAGUACUUUGACGGCUGGCUAUCCACCGCGUCCGGCGACCCGUUGCUGAUGCCCAACGUCGUCUGCUGCCACGAGGUCGACGACGGGAUUCUGUGGAAGCACACCAACUACCGGACCGGCAACGCGGUCGUCACGCGCUCCAGGGUGCUGGUGCUUCAAACCAUCAUCACGGUGAGCAAUUACGAGUACAUCUUUAUGUGGAAUUUCCAUCAGGACGGGAGUAUCUUUUACGAGGUGCGCGCCACGGGAAUCGUAUCGACUGCGCCCAUCGACCUCGACGAGCCGAACCCUCCCCGGUACGGCACGGUCGUGGCCCCGGGCGUGCUUGCGCCUUGCCACCAGCACCUCUUCUGCCUGCGGAUCGACCCCGCGAUCGACGGCCGCGCCAACUCCCUGGUGGUCGAGGAGACGCGCCCGAUGCCCCCGGGCGACAGGAACCCGUACGGGAUGGGCUUUGGGACGGAUUCGCAGGUCGUGGAGACGGAACGCGGACUGCAUCUGGACUUUACCAAGAACCGAACCUUCAAGAUGGUCAACGAAAACGUCAAAAACCCCGUCGCGGGCGGCGGGGUCGGCUUCAAGCUCCUCCCGUGCUACAGCCAGCUGCUCCUCGCGGACCCGACCUCGUUCCACGCGCGGCGGUCCGAGUACGCAUCCCACGCCGUGUGGGUGACGCGCCACUCGGACGAGGAGCUCUUCCCCGCGGGGCGCUGGACGAUGCAAUCGGCCGGCGGGGAGGGGAUCUCGUCCUGGAUUAACAAGCGGGCCGAGGAUGACCGGGGCGUCAGGGAUCGGGACAUCGUGGUCUGGCACACGUUUGGGUCGACCCAUAACCCGCGCGUCGAGGACUGGCCGGUCAUGCCGUGCGAGAAGAUGGUUGUCGGGCUCAAGCCGGUCAACUUUUUCCAGUCGAACCCGGCGCUGGAUGUGGCCCUGUCGACACAGGAGCGGAACUGCAGCGUGCUGGUCGAGGAUCCCAUGGCUGCGACGCAUGGAAAUCCUGCCGUGAAGCACUCUUAGAUGGAAAACCACGUUGUUGUAAUUGUUGAGAGCUCCUAGAGGUUUGUGUUAUGGUAUGCAAUAGCCCGCCAUGGUUUCGUUACCAAGGGUGUUCUUAUGAAGCAACCAUUCUCAAUAGUCAGCAAUCAUUUUUAC